CACACACUCACACGCACACUGUCUCCGCUGCAGAAUCCGACAGUUCGGCUUUUCGAUCCGCUAUGAGGGACUACUCGGCGACUCCGAGCAAUGGAGGCGCGUGCAUGCCGUGCUGUCAAGUUUGCGUCUUCGCCUUUACCGCAUUUCUCAUCAUUGCGGAGAGGACGGCACUGAUCUACUGCUUUGUGUACUACCUGUGGGUGGGUCACAACUACUGCUAUGCCUAUCUUGCUGGCUUCACUGCACUGUUCCUGCUGCCAGGUUGGGGUCCUCAGUGGCUCAGUUACCUGUGGUACCUGUCAGAUGGACGCAUCCGCAGGAAGUCUCUCACCUGGACACACAUACUGCACCUCGGUAUAUUCAAAAGGCUGUUGGAGUGCAUGACUCUGCCAGAUGAGGACGUGUAUGGUGAGAUCAUGCAGCAGGCUGAUGCAUCCGCUUUACGUCUGUUUGAGGCCUUGGUGGUCACCCUGCCUCAGACGCUGCUGCAGACCUAUGUGCUCAUCUGUACUGAUAUAGGAAUCAAGUCUCCAGCCUCAGUGUGUUUCGCGGUGUGUUUGUUGUCUCUUGCCUGGGCCUUGGUCCUCUACGCCAGAGCCUGUUCACUCAUCAGACCAGGACACCUACAAAUGACCCCCGCUGCCAUUCUCUGUCGACUGCUGUGGAGGGUCAGUAUGUUGGGAUCUCGUUUUGCUGUUCUCAUGCUCUUCACACGCAUCUUUAAACAAUGGAUCCUGGGAGUCAUUGGUGUGCACUGGCUGGGGGCAACUUUCUGGAUGGUGUCCCAGCAGACUGAUAUAAUUCGUUCAACUAGUCGAUGGAGAAUCUUCAACCUCGUUCUGGGAGCCAUUCACAUCUUCCUAUUCCUCAAUGUGAAGUACGGUCAAUCCAGAUGCCGCAUGGCUGGCUUCUACCUGGCUAUGUUCUUGGAGAACGCGCUUCUUCUCCUGGCCUCCUCCUGGUUGUUCACCAUGGUGUCGUGGGACACUGUGGGAAUCCCGGCUGCAGUGUUCUGUGGCUUCCUCAUCGGAGUGAUCGCGUUGGUGCUUUACUAUCGUUUCCUCCACCCUAAGUCCUUUGAGAUUUUCCAGAGUAUUCGCCAUAGGGGGAUAGGUGGAGCCUGCAUGGAGCGUGGCUCUACACUGUCACUGGAGGAGAAAGUCACACCCACUUUUCAUCACCAUGCAACACUGUCUGGAGGUGGGACCCUCAUGGAUCUCCCUAUCCAAUGGGAAGGCUGGAAACAUCACCACUGGCUGCUGAUUCGCUUGGCGAUGAAGACGGGGGAUGUAACUAGGAUCUGGUCGUCGUAUGGAGAGGGGGGACUGGCAGGACUGAUGGGUCUGUCGGAAGAAGUUCACUCCCCUGAUGACUUUCGUGUCCCUCGGGUUCCACCUGUUCAACCGCAGCUUCCUCAGACCUCACAACCAGCUCCUCAACCAGCUCCACCACAGGUGACCCAGGCUCCACAGGUGAGAGAGGUGGUGCAUCCACCAAAGCCAGCUCCAUCCACUGUAGUAGCCAGACCGGUGAGAAAAGCUCCCCCCACAACAAUCCAGGACAUGAGAAGGUUUCCAGAGAUCAUCCCAGUCCAGGAGGUCAUUCCUGAAGAGACCGCAGAAGAAGAUUCCAGCGCUCCACCAUCAGAGGACAAAGGUGAUGAGGAGUUUCAGAGCGCUGCUUAUGGCUCACCAACACUUUCAUCUCCACGGCAACCAGGAAGCCUCCGCCACAUCGACAGCAAUGCCGGGACCCUGACCGAAGCCUCGUCCUCUGUGGGUUCCCUGGACAUCAAGACUCCCGGCUGGUCACCUGAGCGACGUUCACCUCUCCUGAUUGGUUCCCCGGAGAGAAAAACAGCGGCACCUGGAGAGUCCAGUACCACACUGUACUUCAGCGCGGAUGCACAGUCUCCGUCCAGUGGGAGCUAUCUUGGGUGGGGCUCCGAGUUGUCACCCAUUUCCACCUACAGGAGUCCCUACCGGAUCAGGGAGGCUCGUUUUGUCACAUCCACCCCGCGACUGGAGCCUCGAGCUGGUGCUGAAAGUCCAGGCCUGGCCCCUGUUGUUGUCAUCCCUGCCACUCCUGGUACAACACCAGGGGGAACCCCCAGUGCUGCGAGCCCUGCUGCUUCUACCCCUACAGCUUCAACACCUGCAGCUCCAACACCCGCUGCUUCAACACCUGUAGCUUCUACACCCGCCGCCUCGACUCCUGGUGCUUCAACCCCUGGCGCUUCGACUCCUGGUGCCACCACGCCCGGCACUCAGAUCAUUCCUAUCACUCCAGUCAUCUCCCAUGCUCGCAAACAGAUGGUCCAGUUCGUGGACAGUCGAGAGAGGGCGGUGUAA